UGCAGAUCCUCCGAGGGUCUAGAAUACUGAGGUGGAAGACACCUUUUGCUUUAGGGUGCGUGUGUAUGGAUUUGCCCUGACGCGUCCUGGUCACGGAGAGAUGUCAAGGCGCAGGAGUCUGGUUACCUGAGGUCUCCUCCGCCUCGGGUCUAGUUUCAGGAUCUCGGGUCGUCCUCCGCACCAUCCGGGAGUCGUUUGAGCAGGGUCAGAGGGUAGAGCCGGAGGCCGCAGGCUCACCGCGGACUGACGCACGCGUGUGGACAGGAUGCCGAGCCGUUGUCCCGGGGUCGCGGGGCCGCCCGCCUUGGCCCGGACGGAAGGCAGCGAAGGGUCAGCUGGACAGUCUUAUCACCAGAAUUCCAAAGGCACUGGUGAGCAGCAUAAAGCAGAGAGAAUCAAGGAGGGACACAGAAUGUCCUCACACACUGCCAAACUGCAGGAGUUAUGGAGAACUACUCAAAUCCAAACAAUUCACAUCCCUAAAUCAAUGACAGAUGCGUCUUUUCUAAAGCAUCCAGAACUCACCUCAGGCCAGAAGCGCUACCUGUGCAGCAUUGCUAAGAUCUGCAACUCCAGCUAUCUGAGGACCUUAAUGAAGAGGCAGUACAUGCAUCUGUUUCAUCACGGGUUACAGAAGCCAGGUGUCCUCACUCAUCAUAGAAGCCAUAUCAGCUCUCGAUACUCACAGAAACAGCAUUCCCCCUGCACUACAUGGAGACACCAUCUGGAGAGAGAAGACUCUCUGGGCAUUGCAGCAGAAGCACCUGAAAUGAUCAUACAUGCCCUUUGGAGACCCCUGAGACACAAAGAAGGGUUAAAAAUUGGAUAUGCAUCUAAAACAAGAUGCAAGUCCCUGAAGAUUUUUAGAAGACCAGGCAGACUGUUCUUGCUACCAGUUUCUUCUAAGGAUUAUCAGCCAUGCAUGAACGAUGAGACAAAGGAAGAGGAUCUACUGAAUGAGUGCAUGCAGUCCAUGUCCAUUCAGGAACAAGGCUCAUCUCAUGCCAGCCUGACAGUCUCGUGUCCCACACCAAGUUCAGCCAUCCCCUAAUACCCACAUGUUGAGCCUGAGGGGACAGUGAAGAGUUGGAACCAUGUAUGGGAUAGUGCUAGUAGCUGCUGGUAUGUUAUUUUAGUUAUUGAGAAAUUUAUAAUAGCCUUCUUCGUCUAAUAUAUUUCCGUGUUAUAUCUGUAAUGUAUGCUUGUUUCUAGCUAGAACAAUUAAAAUUUUACUUGCCAAAUAAAA